UGUCUUGGGUGAAGUAUACUUUGAAACUCAGAGACUGCGGUGGUACCGGGCAGUGCAGAAGUAUUGGGGAACUGUCUGCGGAACAGCGAGAGCAGAAAGCUGUUGUAACCCGAGGCUGGGCACGCUCUUUUCACAUCUCUCUCUCAUCUCCAAACUUUGCACACUCUGAGACUUUUACAGGCACUGUGUUUUGUUUAUUGUGUGCACAGAAUCUACUCUCAGAGACUUUGCAAGUGAGUUUUGUUUUCACGCACACGCACACAGCAAGGGGCAAGUUUACACGCUGUUCUCUAGACCGGCUGCAGGAGAACGGAGAGCCUUUAGUAGCAUCGCCGCGGGACUCGGGGAACGAUGUGUGGACACGCCGGGCGGAUCGCUGCCCUUGCCUCGCUGCUUCUGGUGUUUGCACGACUUGAAGACGCAUGUUUCAACAAUUCUUUGGAGGUGGUUUUAGAGAGUCGUACAAUUACAGCAGGACAGCUGAUUUCGAAAGUGGAUUUGGAUGGCUGCCAACAGGGGACAUUACAGAUCGGUUCCUCUGAUGCACGUUUUGUCAUGAAGUCUGGUGUUUUGUACGCCGUUAGUAGCUUCAAUGCUACCACUGAUCAAAUUACCUUUGACAUCUACCUCGAAGAUCCUGUGACCGAGGACCCAUCGAAAAUUCACGUUCGCCUACUAUUCGCAGCCAAACUUAAGGAACAGGGUCGGAAGCGAAGAGCUGUUCUACUGCACCGGCAGAAGAGGCGUUGGCAAUUUAUUCCUUUCAAACUCACGGAGAACUCCGAAGGUCCUUUCCCCAAGUAUUGUCAAACUAUAAGGUCAGACGAUGAACAGGGUCAUACAAUUUCUUACCAUAUAUCGGGUUCAGGAGUUGAUAAACCUCCAGUCGACUUGUUCCGUGUAGAGCAUGACACUGGGAAAAUCUUUGUGUCGGGGCCUGUGGAUCGAGAGGAAUAUUCGUCGUUUAAACUGAUUGGGAAGGCAAUACGAAAGGGAGGCGAUGUGUAUGAGCGGCUACUCGACCUGACCAUUAAAGUCAUCGACGUUAAUGACAAUGUCCCAAUGUUUACUGAAAAAGUGUUUGAUGUGAACUUUCCCGAGUGUUCAGCAGCCGGUAAGUCGGUGGUAAACCUGACUGCCACCGACGAAGACGAGCCCAACACAAUAAAUACUCUGCUGGUUUAUCGGAUUCUGUCCCAGGAACCACUUUCCAGGUUUGGUUCAUUCUUCUCCAUUGAUGGAAAGACCGGCGAGAUCAAAACCACCAGUGAUAAACUAAAUCGAGAGGAACAAAACACCUACACCCUUGAUGUAGAAGUUAGAGAUUUGGACGGGAAAUCGUAUGGAUUAUCCUCUAAAGGGAAGGUGGUCAUCCACAUCACCGAUAUGAAUGAUCACCUACCAACAUUCAAAGAAUCCAGAUACACCAUUGACGUGAAGGAGACUGUGAGCAACAUCAUGGUCCUCCGGAUGCCUGUAGAAGACCAAGAUGCGGCUGGCACCAGUGCAAGCAGAGCGGUGUUCAAAAUCAUCAAGGGCAAUGAGAAUGGCAACUUCAACAUGUCUACCGAUCCCAAAACUAACGAAGGUCUCUUGUACGUUGUCAAGCCGCUGGAUGCCGAGACUACCCGCUUGAUGCAGUUGGACGUUGCGGUGGAGAACGAGGCGCCCCUGAUCGGGAAAGCCUCUCGGCAGCAGGUGGCCAAAGUCACGGUCAACGUGCUGGAUGUGGAUGAAGGGCCGGAGUUUGUCCCCUCCGUCAAACACCUGUGGACGGAGGAGAAUGUUCCUCUGAGCACCAUCCUGGGCUCGUUCACGGCCAGAGACCCAGAGACGAAGAGCAGUGAUAACAUCAGGUAUCGCAAGUUAACUGACCCUGCGGACUGGGUGUCCAUUGAUCCCAAAACGGGGCAGAUCCAAACCGCUGCCAUAAUCGACAGGGAGUCCAUGUACGUGAAACACAACAAGUACAAUGUUACAGUCCUGGCCAUGGAAGACAAAGACCAUUCGAGAUCAUGCACUGGGACGGUGGUGAUAAACCUGCACGACGUCAAUGAUAACGGCCCGGUGAUUUCCAAUACAAACCUGCACAUUUGCGAGAAUGGAGACCAUCACUUUGUCAAUAUCUCAGCCGAGGAUCUCGACGCAUCACCCAAUGCUGCUCCCUUCACCUUCCUCUUCCCAAACGACCAACCCGAGAUUAAAAAGAAGUGGGAGAUAUUUAACCACAUGGGGUCCUAUGCGUUCAUGAAACCAAAGGGCAGUCUUAUUCCUGGGCACUAUAACGUUCCCAUCAUCAUUCAGGACCAGCAACACCACGAGACCGAAGAUACUCUGAAGAUUGUCAUUUGCGAGUGUCCUAACAGGUUGAACUGUGCUGGUAGACUCGCUUCUAAAAAGGCCGUCCUGGGUGGACUGGGCAUUCUCGUUAUGUUCCUGGCUGCUUUGUGUCUGCUUUGUUUGCUCUUGGCUGCAUUCGCCUUGUAUUGUGGUGGAGAUGGUAAGAAAAAGGUUCCCGUGAAUUCUCAAGGCCAAUAUCAUCAGACUCUUAUUGUGUCCAAUGAAGAGGGUGGUGGACAGCAAGAUAUGAACCUCUCGUCAUUGGAUGUCCCCGUGAAUCAUGGUGAAAACAUGGGUCAAAUGCAUGGCACGUUGGGCCUGGGUACCGGGAGUGGAGUCAAACAAACAUUAGGCAGCUUCGGAGGUGCUAGGACUGAGGUGGACAUGGGUCAACAGAUGGUGAAUGGGUCCAGUGGUGCUUUUUAUGAUGAGAAUGGUACAUUGAUAGUGGAUCGCACCCUCUAUGUUGAUGGUGGGAGCAUCGUGGACGACGACUACACAAUGGGAAGUCGGAAGAGUCAUGGCCUGAUGGAGCUCCUUCGCUCGCAAGUUGACCAGGUUUACGAGAAUGAACAGGAUGAUCAAGAGAUGCCGUUUGAAUACGUGCGUGGGUACCCACAUGAUGGGGAGAAUUCGGUCCAAGGGUCUGUUGGUUAUGACCGUGAUAUGAUGGACCUUGACCGAGUGGACUAUAUGAACGGAGUGGGAGCCAAGUUCGGUACAUUGACCAACAUCUCACUGAAGAAAUAGUGGACAUGUGAUCCUCGACUGCGUUACAUUGUAAAAAAUCUUUGGAGCGUUACUUGGGAAGUUUGGUGCAAGUGGAUAGAACAUAGAACAGUACAGCACAGGAGCAGGCCCCUUCACACCAGUGUCGUACUGAACAUGAUGCCAAGACCAGCCUGUACCCAAUCCACAUCCCUCUAUUCCCUGCAUUUCCAUGUGCCUAACCAAGAGUCUCUUAAAUGCCACUAACGUAUCUGCCAACACCCCUGGCAGCGUAUUCCAGGCACCCGUCACCUCCUGUUUUUAAAACAAAUGUAUAUACUUACCCUGCACAUCUGCUCUAAACUUUUCCUCUCACCUUAAAGCUAUGCCCUCUGGUCAAUGAUAUUUCCAUCCUGGGAAAAGGGCUUUGACUCUACCAUAUCGAUGAGUCUGAUCAUUUAUGCUUCUAUAUGGUCUCCCACAUUCGCCAGCAUUGCAGCAAGGGUCAGUUUAAGGUGAUGGGUUCAAAGUCUGACAUAAUGAAAACAUUUUUUGUCACCCAGAGAGUGGUUAGAAUCUUCAUGCAGACUAUUUGCAAGCCUAGGUGUUGUCAGGAUUCCUUCCACUCCUUCACUGUAGUCAACUAGAAUUAUUCAAUCACUGGUAAUGUGCUUUAUAUAUUUAAAAAAAAAAAAAAAAAAAAAAAAAAAAAAAAAUUCCUACAACAAUGAUGCACGCAUCCCUCAAUUAUAUUCUUGACUGUUGCGAAAUAAGAUAGACACACAAUGCUGGAGGAACUCAGUGGCUCAGGCAGCAUCUCUGGAGAAAAUGGAUAGGUGACCUUUUGGGUCUGGGCACCCCUUCAGAUUUGAAUAAAAAGGACAUGCAAGGAGAUGUCAAGGAGAAAAAUGAGAUGACAUUGAAAGGAGAUGAGGAGGAAUUUCUUCAGUCGGAGGGUGGUGAAUCUGGAAUUAAUUGCCAUUGACGACUGUGAAUGGAUAUUUCUUCGGCAGAAAUUUGACAGAUUCUUGAUUAGUAAGGGUGUUGUGGGGGGGGGUGUGUGUUAGGGGGAGAAGGCAGGAGAAUGAAGUUUUGAGGGAGAGAUAGAUCAGCCAUGAUUGAAUGGCAGUGAACUUCAUGGGUCGAAUGGCCUAAUACUGCCUCUAGAAACAUCACCUUUUCUCCAGAGAUGUUGCCUGACCCAGUUACUCCAGCAUUUUGUAUCUACCAUUGGUGUAAACCAGCAAUUGCAGUUUAUUUUUGUUACAGUGCAAAAGGAGGCUUGGUACACUUCAGUUUGAAUUUACAAAAUAUAUCUUAAGUUGUAAAACUAUUGUAAAAUAUUAUUCCUGUCAGGAAUUCUUCAUGGGGACGCAAGGCAAGGCUCAAUUGCUUGCCCUGUUUCCUUGGAAUGUAAGAGGCUUAUUCAUUGUAUAAAGUUACAAGGGAAAUGGGUAAUAUUUGAUAGUGACUAACUUAUCAAUAUCAUAGACUUAGUUCUGCCUCACAGCGCAAGAGACCUGGGUUCAAUACUGAUUAUUAGUAAUAGUUUUACAUGCCUAAACUGAGUUUAUGUCAAUAACCCCAAUUGUAUUUUUAGUAUUGACUGAUUGAAAAUGCAGUUUGGAAACGGGCCCUUCAUUCCACUGAUCAUUGAUCACCCAUUCCCACUAGUUCUAUACUAUCCCACAUUCUCAUCCACUCCCAACACAAGGGGAAAUUUGCAGAGGCCGAUUAAGCUCCAAACCCACACGCCUUUAGGGUGUGGGAGGAAUCUGUAGCACCCAGAUGAAACCUACGUGGCCACAGGGAGAACGGGGUUGAGAGGGAAAGAUAAAUCAGCCAUGAUUGAACGGCCGAGUAGAGUCGAUGCGUCAAAUGGUCUAAUUCUGCUCCAAUAACUAUAGCUGUAAAUUCCACACAGACAGCACCAGAUAUCAGGAUCGUAUCCAGGAUUUAUGAUGCUAUGAAGCAGCUGCGCUUCUGAGCCACUCGUGCAAAUAUUGUGAUGCUUUUUCUACAGUUUUUAUUUGGUCUAUUUGGGGUUCAGGAUGAAGAGUGGGUAAUGAGGGGUGGAGACACUGCUGGUGCCACCUGCUGGCGGCUCAGUGAGUCCAUGUCGGGUGAGAUGCUGUGUUUGUUGAACUUUCCUACAUGCAGGGCCUGGAUAGAGUGAAUGUGAAGAGGCAGUUUCCACUGUGGGAGAGUCUAGGGCGGAGGGCACAACCUCCGAGCAAAAGUACGUACCUUUAGGAAAAAAAGUGAGGAGGAAUUUCUUUAGUCGGAGGUUGGUGAAUCUGCGGAAUUCAUUGCCAUAAACAGCAGCAGAGGCCAAGUCAUUGGGUAUUUUUAUGGCGGAGAUUGACAGAUACUUGAUUAGUACAGGUUGGGGGUUAUGAUCAGCCUUGAUUGAAUGGUGUAGACCUUGUGGGCCAAAUGGCCUAGUUCUGCUCCUAUAACUUGUGCAUUCACCAGGAACACUGAUCUGUAGGUCCAUGUGGCUGUGGGAUCUCUCCCACUCCCACUCCCAUUCCCAAACGCGCAGGGUCUGUGAUCAUCCAGUGGGGUUUAGUGUUUACAGAGGGAUGCACCCGAAUGUAUACUUGUUCUCAAAGUGGAUGCCUCUGUCUCAUUUGUAUCAACUAUCCUGAGCAGGUGGUGCUGAGUUCCUCCAGUACUUUGCUUUUUCUGCUUAAGAUUCCAACAUCUGCAGUUCCUUGUGCUGAGGCUCUAUAAGUUGUGGUGGGGCCACAAUUGGAACAUUGUAAGCAGUUUUGGGCCCCAGAUCUGAGAAAGGAUGUUGUGGCGUUGGAGAGAGACCGGAGGAGGCUUAUGAGAAUGAUCCCGGGGAUGACUGGGUGAAUGAAUGAGGAACGUUUGACGGCUCUGGACCUGUAUUCGGGUUCAUGCAUAAAGACUCGGGAACACCUUCUUCCCCUCUGUUUUCAGAAAUGUCCUGUAAGCUGGCGUAUUGUCCGAUUCUGCACCCUGUAUCUUCCCCUUUGCUCUGACUGUCAUACUUGCGUUUGGCUCGAUUGUGAUUAUGGUAUAUCUAAUCUGUUUGGAUAGCAUGCAAAACAAAGCUUUUCACUGUAUCUCCGUACACGUGACAAUAAUAAAAUUAAACCUAAAGCCAAUGAAUGUAGUCAUCUGUAUUUCCGAUUGUAACUUGCAUAUGCUUUUAGUGUGUGCUCUUCUUGAAAAACAAGGCAAAUACUUUUUGUGCUUCUGUGGUUUACUUUGCGAUGAAUAACGGCAAACUACUUAAUGUGAGGUUUAUUUCUUAUAGUGCAUAAGGUGGUACGAAUUGUUAUAUUAUCUGAAUUGCUUAUUGAAAGUAUUAUUAAACAGGGGAUUGGAUAAGGGGGGAGGGGGGGUUUACAUGGCUACUUUGAACAAAUGGAGAAGAAUAAAUGGAUUGCUUUACAGUGAACUAGCAUAGACUGCAGGCUGAAUGGCCUCCUUUAUACAUUGCCAGGUACUUUAAACUUUGUGCAAACUUUCUGUGGUAGCUCUGGUUAUUACAAUGUCAUUCUAAUGCUAUGUUAGUUCACAAUGACGUUCAUCUCGAUGGAAUAGGUAUUUAAUGUUUUGCAUAUUGAAAUAAAAUUGUCCUUGCACAUAGGAUUCUUUGCAUGA